UGGAGAAUGGCCAUUUAGCAGUUGGUGCUGUAUCUGAUGGCACGCUUUACCCUAAAGAAGUUCCUUCCCAGCGGUAAAGCCACAAUGAGUCCUCUUGGCGUGCGGUGUUUGCAGAAGCAUGUAGACAUAGCAGUUCCGCAGACUAUAUUUGACGUAGCGCUGGCGAGCGACAAGAUGACCGGACCCAACGUCCCGCUUCAACGCUUAUUUAGAUUCACAGCUGGCACAGCUAGAUGCCGCGUCGGUCCCGAGCUUAGCAAGAAGUACAACAUGCAAUCCGACAAUACGCAGCUCGUUGUCUCGGUCACCAACCAGGCGACACUGGAGCAAGCAUGGUUUAACGCCGCCCGCACGCUGAAGCCCCAGACCUUCAGCCCGGGCAGCAGCGGGGCGAUGGCGGACCCAACGGAGGGCGGCCGCAAUUGCGACUUCUGCAACUGGAGGCAGCUCACCGCGGAGGACGAGUGGGGCCGCCUGGAACGGCCACACGCCGUCAGCGGCUCCAACCUCUUCAAGUACGGCGCCCCGGCGCACGGACUGGUGCUCUUCAAGCACCACGACCCACUCACCUUCUCAAGCCACCAGCUGGCGGAUUUCUUGGGUGUGGCGGAGGACUGGUUCGCUGCGGCCGCCGCUGCGCACCCGGACGCGCACCACCCCUUCUUCAUCUGGAACUGCGGGCCCCGAGCGGGCGCCAGCCAGUUCCAUGGGCACGGGCAGCUGAUGCUCACCCACUCGCCGGUGCCGGCGCAGGCUCGUCUGGCCCAGCAGGCGGCCCUGUACGGCGCCUCCCACCCGGGCGGCGCCAGCUACUUCCGUGACCUGGUGCUGUCGCAUGCGGCGGUGGGGCUGGCGAGGGUGGUGGCGCUGGGGCCGCGAGGGGAGGACAGGUGCUGGCUGCUGGCGCACCUGGCUCCCCAGAAGGACAUGGAGGUGCUGCUGCUGGCCAGCCGCCUCAGCAGCCCCGCAUUCGUGGCCGGACUGCACGCGGCACUGCGGGCGCUCAUAGACGAGCUGGGGGUGCAGACUUUCAAUGCGGGCGUUAUCAACCUGCCGCUAGAUGGAGACGGGGGGCAGGGACAGGGGCGGCAACAGGAGGUGGGGGUGGAACAUGUGGAGGCGGAUGGCGUAGGCGCAGCUGUCGGCCAGGGGUUCAGAGCGGCGGCGGGUUCUAAUGGGGUGCUAGGGCGUGCUGGGGAGAGUUGCGGGUUUGAGUUUGGCGAGGACCUGGGGUUGCCGGCGUGGGUUGAGGACGGGGAUAUGGCGUGGCGGCCCAUGCUGGCUCGGGUGGUGAGUCGGGGAAAGGUAACGGCGCCAGCAAGUGACUACGGCUGCCUGGAGGUGGUGGGUCACGCGUCCAUUGGCCACACCGACCCCUUCGUGCUCAUGCGCGCUAUUGACAAGCGGCUAGAGGCGGCUGGUUUGCGGCGGUAGGCAGAGCUGAGGCGAAACGAUGCGGCAUGAAGAGGGCAAUGGUGCUGCGUGCCGGCAGAUGUGGUAUGCGCAGUGGGAGGUGUGCUGCUAUGGUUGGUGUGUAGCAAUGUCCGGAGAAUGAUAGCGAUCACUGCAUGGUAGGGGGACUGCUGUUAAGCAGGAAACUUGGUGUCAGAGCGCCAAUAGGAUUUGGCCAGGAAAGCGUGCAUGUAUGCCAGUGAAAAUAUAGUGAGCUGUAUGUACGUGCACUUAGAAAGCGCGGACGUGCUAACCGUUUGGGCACUGCAACGGAGGUGCUUAGCUUAAGUACAGGGUUAGUAAGCAUCGUUGAACGAUGUUCCACAUGCGGCGAACCGGGCUUGGUUGACUGGCACCAGAUGUACGGUGCAACGUUUGCACGACACGCAUUACACAAAGAGGGAGCGUAUCGAGCGAGGUCCCAUGGUACCCCUUUUACUCAUGUCCAGUUGGCGCUGUGCCGCAACUCACUACAUCCUCUAGGUCCAAGGUUUGUGUUGGUUCCAUGCGGCCCCUUAUUUCAGGCCUCGUUGGAUGCAUUCUAGGCCAAUGGAGCAACCAAGCGGGGCAAUGGCGGGCAUCCUGUACUACGGCAUUGAGACAGGAUAGCGUUCCGACACACAUAUAUAUGGUGCCCGCAUGAAUGUAUCACACGUUGGGCAUCGUUGGUAAGCGGCUGUAAAGGGAAGGUUGAGUCUUAAACGUCAUGACCCUUCCAGCGCAAUCCGUGCAUU